AUGCAGAUACUGCGGCAAGUCUAUAGGCAUAAUAUAAGAUUACUUUCAUCUCCAAGACCUCUUAAGCGCUUUAACUCAACGCAAUCUCCACGGUCAUCCCUUCAUCAACUGGGUGCUAUACUGCAAAAGAAUCUCGUCCAGCGUAAUACCACUCCUUCUCACUCAAGCUCCGAUGCAAUAAGGUGCCUCAUGUUCAAUUUUAAAGGCGAGAUAAUAACAUCGCCAGAUUUAGAGUUUAAGCGUGAGGACCUUAUUCGCAAGCACGGUCUAUUACCGAGGGACUUACGAAAGGUAGAAAAAUCACGUAAAAAUGAACUUGUUCCGAUCAUACUGGUGAGGGAGAACUGUAUGCUGGUAAGUCUGCUUAACGUUCGAGCGCUUGUUAAGAGCGACAUGGUUUUGCUGUUUGAUCCAGUCGGUAUUAAUUUAGAAUCAAAAACUCAUACAAACUUUAUCAAUAGCUUGCAGCAGAGGUUGAGGAACAAAGCAGUUCAAGGCAUAACCAAGGACCCGUUGCCUUUCGAAUUUCGCGCUUUGGAAACGAUUUUUAUUCACGCGAUAUCAAACCUCACAGCCGAAUUGAGAGUGCACGCAGCUGUCACAAAAGGUAUUCUUAAUGAUUUGGAGUAUAGCAUCACAAGCGAUAAGCUGAAGUUCCUACUGGUCCAAAACAAGAAAUUUGGUGUUUUUUACAAGAAAUCGCUACUAUUACGCGAUAUGAUAGAUGAACUAUUGGAACAAGAUGACGAACUUUCCGCAAUGUACCUGACAGAAAAUUCUCUUGGCAGACCAAGGGCAGAAUUUGACCAUAAUGAAAUAGAAAUGCUUCUGGAAACAUACUAUACACAGGUUAAUGAAAUAGUCCAAUCUGCGGGGAACAUAAUUUCUAAUGUUCGUACGACCGCAGAAAUCAUCAAUAUUAUUUUAGAUUCAAACAGGAACGAGCUCAUGCUGCUUGGACUGCGAUUUAGCGUUGGGCUCCUCUCGCUAGGGAGCGCAAUUUUUGUUGGAUCGCUCUACGGCAUGAACCUGGAAAACUUUAUCGAAGAAACAGACUACGGCUUCCCGCUUGCUACUACAUUUGGCAUGGUUAUGUUCGUGUGGUUGUUUGGAUACAGUAUUAAGCACGUCAAUAGACUGCAGAAGAUGACCUUAUCAGGAAGUAAGAAAGUUAAUUAA